CACACGCAUGACAGCGACGUCAACGAGCGCGGAAAUCUUUGCCGCCGCGGCCGCUGGAGACGUGAAUAGGAUGGACCGGUUACUGCAGACGGCAAAGGCAUCUGAUGUCAAUGCAAUCACGGUUCACAACAGGCAUCGCGUCACGCCGAUCGAGCUCGCCAUCUCCAACAAGACGUGGGAUACCGUGUAUAUGCUUUGGGCACACGACCUUGUGGACGACGUAUAUCGUGAAAAGUGCUUUCAUGCAUUACUGAGCAGCCAAAAGUACGAGCAAGCGGCAAACGUUCUCAACAACGUCCCAGCAGACAAGUGGAAAUGUGCCCUCGAUCUGGAUGGCCAGACCGUCCUGCCCCUGUUAUCACCGUACCUCUCCUUCAAGAGCUUUGUGGAAUUUCUUGUGCAGGACCUACCGUUCUGCAUCGAGACGACCGCGUCACCGCCAUCGCUCGACAUAAAUCCAGACUAUUCGUAUUCUUGGGUCGAGUUUCUCGACCCUGACCUGUCCGUGUCGGACGAAGUGUCCAAGGAUGCAGUCGUGCAAGCGCUGCUCGACCACGACCACUUUUCCCUGUGUUCGCGCACGGAAAUUGUGCGCGCUCUGAUCAAGUCGAAGGAUCGACAACUUCGCGAUGCCAUCGACACGGCCGACAUGGAGCUUCGCCACUUUGUGACGUCCCAACAGUACUUUUUGAAGCGAUACGAGCUGCUGGAUGGACCCCCCGUUCACAUGAGUUCGACUGCAGUUGUCCUUCUGGCGUACGAUCAUGGCAUGUGCGACCAAGUGUUUGACUCAUGUGCCGACGACGACGGGACUCUCGACUUGAAUGGAUUCAACGAUGCCAAUGCCGCGCUCGGCCGUGAACACUCGGACUUUCGGUCUGUUGCGCAUCAGUUGGGUUGGCAAAAAGAGUUUGAGCUGUGCGCCAAAGACACCGACGACGUAAUGACAAAGAGCGAAUUUCUGCACUACUGCGACCAAGCGUUUGGGAAAAAGAUCAAAGUUGUGUUGAAGUUCAUGCGGAACGCGGACGAAUGCAAGCGAGAACGGGCGACCCGCUUGCACCUCGAUUCAAAAUACGUGCUCGGGCUAUCGCCGAUGGCGUUGCCGGACGAUUACCCCGACCACAUUGCGCAGUUGCGUCUGUCCCGCCUCUCGAACGUGGAUAUGGCCGACUAUCGCCACAUGGUUGUGAUGCCGGCGGGCGAUCGGAGCUUGGAAGACAUCUUUAUGAAGGAGCGCUUGUCGGAACAUCAAGUCCAAGCAAUCAUCCGAGAAGUUGCGACUGCACUGCACCAUCUUCACCGCAAUAAUUGGGUGCAUGGCGACGUCAAAAAGUUGAAUGUCCUGCGUGUCAUGGGGCUUCUCAAGCUCAUAGAUCUCGAUGCCGCGACCCACGUCAACGACCCGAUCGGCGCCAAAUUCAGCUCGGGCAUUGCUCCCCCCGAAAUGUUUUAUCGCCUGCCGGAUGCAGCGGCCCACGCCUCGUUUGAACAGCAUUUCAACGACAACGCAGGGCUGUGGGCCAAAGUCAAGCCCAAGGGCCACUUUGUCGUUCGAUCGUAUCGCCAGGACGCGGACGCGUCCAAGUUGCCGUACGAGCUGGUGGCGGCGACGCCGGCCAUCGACAUGUGGGCACUCGGGUGCAUGUUGUUCCAAAUGGUGUCGGGAGAAGAGCUCGUGCCGACGGAUGUGAAUCAGGACGUGACCGCCGACUCGAUCCACAUCGCGGCGACGUGGUCGGAUGCCAAGUUGUGUCGACGCAUCGAGUCGCAAGUGGCCAACCAACACGCGCAGGACUUGCUCAAGCACUUGCUCGUGGUCGACCCGGCAUCGCGCGUGUCGGCGGCGGCUGUUCUGGACCAUUCAUUCCUGACGGGCGAGCCUGGCCACGCCUCCACGGCAGUCGUCCACGCGUUUCAAGACAUCCAAGCGUCGCAUCGCGACGUCGAGGCGCGGUUGAAUCUGUUGCUGGAAUCGGCGCAAACGACCGACCACCUCAUCCAGACGGCGCGCACGCAGCUGACGACGUUGAAGCAAUCGGUGGUCCGUGGCGUGUUUGAUGCGUCCGAAGCGACCGUCCCAACGUCAUUUGCGGUCUUUCCAGAGAGGAUGCCAUGGACAAACGCUGACAACCAAACGCGAUCGUCUGAAGUCGAAGCAUCGAUUUAUCAACACGUCCAGACGUUUCUGGCGUGCUGCAAAUCGGUGUCGGAGCGGACGCUGCACGGCGACACCCUUGCGCGAGUCGUCGGCUCGAUCACACAAACGCGACCGAUGUACUUGUACUUGGUGGACGAAGUGCACAACACAGUGGUGUGGGACGCACCACCCACCAACGGCAGCUUGUAUCCGAUUGAAGUGCAUCCACAAGACUUGUCUUUCUUGACGUCCAUGUUGCCGCUCGUGUUCGGCGGCCUCCGCCUCCUCUUGCAGCACGACAUGUUGCGGCCCCUCAUGAACGACCUGAACUUGGGCCAGACGCGCCUGCUUCGCAUGGACGACCAGUGUCGAAAUUGGCUCGACGCGCUCGACGGCGACAGAAUGAAUGAUGGAGGGUUUGACGUGAUGGCCGCUGCCACCGCCGGCUCACCCGUCAUGCGACUUCGAGGCGCUGCCCUGCGCCGAUUCAAACUCUGGCUCUUGGAAAAAGACCCCGACAAGAACUUUGCAGGCCUCGAGCGUGUACUCGACCACGACAAAGUCGUAUGGACGUCGCAGUGGGAGGCUCAGCGUCGUCGAAACCAGCAAGUGCCCGUCGCGUAUGUAUAUCCAGACGAGAACGAUUCGUCUGGGGUCGCCACCGGGCUGUCGCUGGUCCAUAUGAUGGUCCAGCACAUUGAACACGUGUAACUUUGAGCUUGUUGUUGAGGUCGCUCCAUCACGGUGGG